AUGAUCAGAUGGGCUGCUGGAGGAAGUAAGGCCGCCUCCGCCUCGUCCUGCUCCGGAGCCGGGCUAGGGGCUCCGUGUGGUCGCGGGACUGGCCCUAGACCGAGGUUAUCUUCAACGCUGCUCCCCGCCCUGUCUCUGCCUUUCCUGGUGGCGGUGCUCCUUUUGUCCUUCUCCCUGCCCGGAGCAGCAUGCCACCAGCUCCGCAGAGACAGAGUGAGACCCGCCAGCCCACGGACUCUCAGGAUUCCACUCAACGUUUCUGAGGCAGACGUCUCCUCCAGGACGAGGGCCACCGGUGGCCCCCCGGGUCGGACAGGGGGGCCGCAGGGUAGGCACGUGCGCAGCUACAACCACCUCCAAGGGGACAUGCGGAGGAGGAAGCUGUUCUCCUUCCAGAAGUUUUUCCUGAGGAUCGACAAAAACGGAAAGGUCAACGGAACUAAGAGCAAGGAGGACCCGCUCAGUAUUCUGGAAAUCACAUCGGUGGACGUCGGAGUGGUGGCCAUCAAAGGGCUGAACAGUAACUACUAUCUGGCUAUCAGUAGGAGAGGAGAGCUGUACGGAGCGAGGGAGUUCGGCGUCGACUGCACCCUGAAGGAGCGCAUCGAGGAGAACGGCUACAACACGUACGCGUCGGCCAAGUGGAGGAACAAGAAGAGGCAGAUGUUCGUGGGCCUGAACGUCCACGGGAAGCCGCUGAGGGGGAAGAAGACGCGCAGGAAGAACACGGCCACCCACUUCCUCCCGAUUAUGCCGUGA